UGCACAGGCCAACCGGCCUAUUGCAGACUCCUUAUUUUCUUAUGUUCUUAUGUUGUCCAACGGUAAAGUGCUACGAAUACAACGGGCCAAGUAUGUACAGUUGCCAGCAAAAGGGAUGUGGGAGGACUUUUGCUGGCAUCUGUACAUCACCAAGGACAGCUCUUCAAACUGUGGGACGAAUUCAGUAGUGGAUGAAGAUCUGUUAAAAAUUUGCUACAAGCCGUUUCACAUCACGUGACUGUUUAUCAAUAAUGUUUGUAUUUUUAAGCUGCCUUUUAUCAUUGUACUUUUUUACUUUUAUCAUUCAUGCAAAAAUAAAUGUGUAAAAUGUGUUCGUUAACCUAAGUGGUCCGAGUUGGUUAUCCGAGAUGGUCCAAGUUGGUAGUUGAUGGUCUGAGUAGGAUGUAGGCCUAGUUGGACUGAUAUCAAUAUUUUGGGAAGUAAUGUACCCAGACUCACUGACUAUAAACAACGGCGCUCAUGAUUUUACGUAUGUUAAAUGCAAUGCAGAAACAACACAUUGCUAAAAUGUAUAUUGCCGUAGAGGGAUGCUCUCACGGGGAGCUUGACACCAUUUACAAUUCAGUCGUCAGACUUGAGCAAAUUCAUGGAUUCAAGGUGGAUCUUCUCCUCUGCUGUGGGGACUUCCAGUCUGUUCGUAAUGAACAAGAUCUCAAGUGCAUGGCUUGUCCUGUCAAGUAUAUGGAGAUGCAUGACUUCUACAAGUAUCACUCAGGUGAGAAGAAAGCCCCCAUGUUGACCAUUUUCAUCGGGGGCAACCAUGAGGCUUCCAAUUACCUCCAAGAGUUCCCAUAUGGUGGGUGGGUUGCCCCAAAUAUUUACUACCUGGGAUAUGCUGGUGUGGUCAGAUUCGGAGGGCUACGCAUUGGGGGCCUUUCAGGGAUAUAUAAGGGCCCAGACUUCCUCAAGGGGCAUUAUGAAAAACCGCCUUAUUCUGGGGAUUCAAUUCGCAGUGUAUAUCAUGUGCGAAACCUUGAGGUCUUUCGGCUUAAGCAGCUCUCAGGUGAGAGUGACAUCUUCAUGUCCCAUGACUGGCCACGUGGUAUUUACCAUCAUGGCCCUAAGGAAAAGCUGAUGAAAUGGAAGCAACAUUUUCGUUCCGAGAUAGAGAACAACACUCUAGGGUCACGGGCAGCUGAGGAUCUACUUAAGAAAAUUCGUCCCAAGUACUGGUUCUCUGGGCACCUGCAUGUCAAGUUCCCUGCUGUCCUGCGACACAAGGACGAAAAUACUCAAAAAGUGAAGGUCACAAAAUUCUUAGCGCUCGACAAGUGCCUGCCGCGUCGAGACUUCCUUCAGGUGAUUGAGGUUCCAAGCACCCAGCCACUUGAGAUAAGCUAUGAUGCAGAAUGGCUGACAAUUCUACGUCUUACCAACCACCUUCUCUCUGUUGGUACACAGACUGUCUACAUGCCUGGGCCAGGCGGUUCUGAGAGGUACCAGUUCACUCCAACAAAAGAAGAAAUUGAGGAGACAAUUCAGAUGAUGAAUGGCAAUCUGAGAAUUCCUAAUAAUUUCAGUCCUACAGCUGAGUCAUAUAACCAAAACAAGGGCAAACCUAAAAUGGAGUUGGUGUGUAUGCCUCUACCUGUGCUGAACCCACAGACUACCACCCUCUGUGAUAAACUUGAUCUAGAUGAUCCAUUGUCUCUACUGUCAGGGGCCAAGAGAAAGUCCCAGACAUCUCCAAAAGCAAAUUCUCAAAGCUUAGGACUAAACGAUUCAGAACUGAACAUUACAUUAGAAACAUCCAAGAUUUCUAACAGUCCAGAUGAGGUUGAACUGAGUGAUGAAGACAAUGCAGAUAUUGUGAUGGAGAUGAGAAUGAGUCCUGAUGUGUCUGCUGAGGCCGAGGGCUCUGUUGAGUUUGUCUUAAGUCCCAUCAGAAGAGAUGAGUCAGUUGGUUCACAGAGCCCUGGGGAAGCACCUCUCUCCAGUUCACCAAGAUAUUCAGGCGUGUUGGGCACGAGUCGACAAGGAAUGGUGCUGUCCAGUCCUAAGGCUGAAAACCAGACCUCACCCAAUCCUUUCAUUUGUGACUCCUCCUCUACCUCCUCUUCCCUCAGUGAGAGUGAAUCUAGUCCACACAGAAGUCCACAGGCAAAGCGAACAAAUGAUGAAGAGGUAGAAACAUUACCUCAAGUAGAAACAGUUUCAUCAUCUUCAAGUAUAGAUGCUGGGAAGGGGAAGAAGAAAUUUAAGAGAAGAAACCAGGCAGUGUACUCAUCCACAGAGGAAGACAUAUAGCUAGCAUGUCACAGUGUUCAUGGAUGUGAGUGAGUUGGGUGUGAGUGUAAAGCCACUGAUAUUUUAUAUUCACUAACAGAGAGUUGAGUAUGUGUUAUUAUGUGAAGAUGUUACAUGUGUGAUGGAGUGGAUGUCCAUUUAUUUUUAAUGGAAUGUGGAGAAAUAAUUUUUUUUUUUAUAUGCAAGAAGGAAAUUCAUUAUGAGGUUGCAGUCCAGUGCUGUAAGGUGUAAAUUUUGUAAAGUCCAUGUUAUGUGCAUGUGUGGUUAGAGUAGUUGAGAGUGAACAUUUGCCUAUAUGAUAUUGCACAAUGAUUGUGUAUUUUGGUACAAAUUAUGUAAAGAAUUGCAUUGUAUUUGACAUCAUUAAUUGUCAAAUUUUAUCUAAUAGCGAUAAGAUUACAUCGUACAAAAUUUUUAAUGUACAUUAUUACAUAUGAUUUAUGAGCUUUAUUAAAAAAAAUGUUUAAAAUUAUAUGUUACACAAAUUUCUUUGGGUUUAGCCCCAAAAUUAAUGUUUUCCUGUGAAACAAAUCUUAAUACAGGUGUUUCUUUUGUGGCCGAUGUCCACUUUUAUAUUGAUCACAUUAUAUAUAUCAUGCUAUUUCACCUUUAUGUACCUGGACUUUAUAGAGCCUCUGGCUCCUUUUAAACAUUUGAAACAGUGUUAUGAUGAAUUUGUGUUGUUGACCCUUUGGUGAUAUGGACGUCAUCCUUAAACUUUGUUAAGGAAACAAGACCUAGGUUCAUGUAAGCUGGUUUCGUAUGGAGGCAUCUUUCAUCGUUCAGUCUAUGGUUACAAGCUUACUGCUACCUAAUUAGGAUAUUCUGCAUUAUUUUCUUGACAAUUGUUUUAGAUCACCUAGGUCAGUUUUGUGUUAAAAGCUAUCCCAGACAAGUUACAUCUCAUCCUGUAUAGGACGUAACAUUAUUUUAUCUAAGACUAACUGUAAUCUAUUGAUUUCAAAAGGCAGUACAGUUUAAUACUGUGAUGUGUUGUAUUUUAAUAAUUGUUCAUGAUAAUUUAAAUAGAUUAUCUUAUUCAUUUUAGCAAUGUACAGUGUGUUAUACUUUAUGGAGAACUCUAUAUUAAAAAAAAAUCUUUUUUGUAAAA